AAUAAACAUUCAUUUAUUUUUUUAAGGAAAAAAUGCUAAAUGCUGCAGCCGAUCAAACACUUUGCAGGAACACACAGGAAGUUAGAAAAAUACAUCCCUGUCCAGACAAAUAAGUUGAGGUUUAGCAUAACGUAUUAUCAGAAAUGGUCUAAAUAAGAUCCGAAUAGUUCAUUUUUAAAACAAGAGAUGCAAAUGUAGCCUUUAAUAAACAUAGUAUACAAUGUAAAACAUAUUGAAUUUGUCCUAUGUGACCUUAAAAUUUGAUGAACCACAUUUGUUUAUUUUAUAAGAUGAGCACAAAUGAUCAUUCCGACCCACUAAAGCUAUAAUAAAAUGUUAAAUCAUAUAAAAUCAGUUUGGGCCUUUUCUAUUGUUGACAGUAGCUCAGAGCUUACAUCAGUUUCAUCACCUAAUAUUGAAAUAUAACAUGAUUAAAAACUUGUUAUUAAAGGGAACGGUUUCACAUCAGCAGCCUCUGUGUGGCUCAUUUUGAACAUGUCUACUCCCUAUCAGGCUGAAUAAAUCACUCGGAGCUUGGACAACAGUGACAAACAUUGUUCAUAAAGGGAAAUAGAUGCUCUGAACAGAUAGAUUGAACUGAUUUCCCUGCUGUGUCACAGAGGUGGAGGAACUGUGAGCUACAUGCACAGAGAAAGCACAAGUGAAGGAGAGACUCAGGAAGUUGACAGGGGAAGUUUAGUGGUUUUUUGCGUCAUCAUUUUAUGCAGCUUCUUGUGUGCCGUUACAGAGUGAAGGGUGGAGGAACAAUACUGAGACUUCAGCUGCAAUGCUGCUCAAGAAGGAGGCAAAGGUUCCAAAAGCUGCGGCUCGAUCGGACCUCUGAAAUGUGCAACAUCGUCACAAAGUCACUGUAAGGGAGUUGGACUGCACAUCCAGCACAGAGAGCCGGAGUAACCCUGACAGCGGUGAAGGAGCGGAGAAGCAGAGGCGGCUCUGAAUGUGAGGUGGAGACAGCAGGCAGGAAGCGAUGAGGAGGGUUCGAAGAAGAGGGGCCAACAAAGAGAAGGUGUUUGGAUGUGAUCUGUUGGAGCAUCUGACCACCUCCUGUCAGGAGAUUCCAGUGGUGUUAAGAAACUGCAGCGAGUUUGUUGAACAAAAUGGAGUCGUCGAUGGAAUUUACAGGUUGUCUGGAGUCUCCUCCAACAUCCAGAAACUACGGGCGGAGUUUGAAAGCGACGGCCCUCCAGACCUGAACAAAGAUGUGUACCUGCAGGACAUCCACUGUGUCAGCUCUCUGUGUAAGGCUUAUUUCAGAGAGCUGCCCAACCCGCUGCUCACCUACCAGCUGUACGAUAAGUUUGCUGAAGCUGUUGCCAUCCAGCUGGAGGAGGAGCGGCUGGUGAAGAUCAGAGAUGUGCUGAAAGAACUUCCAGCUCCACAUUACAGGACUUUGGAGUUUUUGAUGCAUCACCUCGUCAGAAUGGCUUCUUAUUCCUCUGAGACCAACAUGCACGCUCGGAAUCUGGCCAUCGUCUGGGCCCCAAACCUGCUCAGGUCAAAGGACAUUGAGGCUUCUGGGUUCAACGGUACAGCAGCCUUCAUGGAAGUACGGGUCCAGUCCAUCGUGGUGGAGUUCAUCCUCACACACGUCCCACAGCUGUUUCCUCAAGAGGGUGUUCCUACUGAGAGAAGGAAGUCCCUCCCCUCCCCGUCAGCCAUGCCCAACCCAGAACUAGCAUUCUUCAAGUCCUCUCAGCCAAACUUUGGGAACAUCAGUCCAGGAGAUGGACCCCUCCCAAUAAGACCCUACCAUGCUAUCAUCGAGGGCACAGACAAGAGGAAAGGAUCGCUCAAAGGGAGGAAGUGGAUGUCCAUUUUUAACAUCAAGGAGCGAUUCCCUGAUCCCAGACGGAAACACAAACAAUCAGCUAAAGAAAAAGAAAAAACUAGUUUGAGACCUGCAAGAAGCAUGGACUCCCUCAGCACACCAUCCUAUCCCAACGAAGGUCCCAGACGUUCUGGUCCGCGUCCUCCGUCCAUCAGCAUGUCUCCUGAUGUCACCUCCUCCACCCCGUCUGCGUCAGACAUCCCAGCACCCUCCUGUGGGAUCAGUGGGAGUGAAUACGCAGUGACCUACCGCAGGGGAACCGGUCUAGUGAGCGGGAGUGCAGGGACCCAGGGUAUCUACACGGCUCUCGACCCAGAUGGUUUAGGAAUCCCGAGCGUUGACGGGAUUCAGACCAGAUCUCCUGGACUUUCCAGUAAAGCUGGUCGAAGAGCAGCCAUGCACAUCACAGGCCCCACACUCGUCACCGUGCCGCUGCACAUCACCUCUAACCUGGCUUUGGGGGUGCUGCAGGGGGGAGGAGGGGACAGAGUCGUCCACCGGGGACGAGAGAAGGAUGGUGGAGACAAGCUGGAUGCCAAGGAGGAGGGUGAGAGGAAGGGGAAGAGGGAGCGCAGAGGGAUGGAGUGGAAUGUGGAAGAGCCUAAAAAGGUGGAGGAGAGGAAACAAAGUCAAAGUGAAAAGGAAGUGGACUCAGAAGGGAAAAAGGAAGGGAUGAGAGGAGGAGAAGAGGAGGGAGACAAAGAAGUCCUUAAGGGGGAAGGAAUGAAGGGACGAUUAAAGUCCAACAAAGAGGAAGAUAAGGACGAAUACGCUGUGGUAGAGGACCAAGAUGCUGAUGAAGAUAGUGAAUACAUGGUGAUGAAGGGAACAGAAUCAGCAGCUCGUCGGGCAAAAGAUGAGAGACACCACGAAGAAGACGGCGUGUUUGAUUCUUCUGACAUCCUCAACUCGACUGAAGUGGAGAACGACAACUACCAGCUGUCCGGCUACAUCGAAGAUAACUUUGAAUUCCUGGACCAGAUGGACUGCAGCGUCAUGGACCACAUGGACUGUAGCGUGUCCUAUCAGGUGAACGAGUUCUCCGUGGAGCCUCCUGGUCACUCUGAUGAUGAGUACGAGGUCAUGAACCAGUCUCAGUCGUCCCAGUCGCGAGCCUUUCUGAGUCCUGAUGACAUCACUCAGAGUCCGAUGGAGUCCAAUCCUCACAGACCGCUCAGCUUCGACUUGCACAGUCGACACACUAAGUCCCUCAGCUUGCCCUACAUGACUUCCCCCAUACAGGAACCGGGCAAGUUCUGCUCUGAAGACGAGCUCUCGGAGACCGACGGCAAGGACAAUGACUACAGCAGCGAGGAUGCUGAAGAUGAGAGCAUGUUUGUUAAAAGCCUCCCACCAGAUUUCUUCCUAAACACCAUGGCCAGAUUUGAGCCGGACGCAACAAACUCCGAUACCCAACUCAGCCCCAUCUCUGACCUCAAUCCUGCUCCAGAGCUCCAGGGCUCCGGAGGACACGAGCCAUCCGAUCUGGAGCUUCCUGCUUGUGAUGAAACAACAGCUGCAGGUCAGAAGGAGGGAGACGAUGAAGAUGGGUUGGAUGGAGAACAAAUAAUAAAGACAGAGGAUGAAAAGGAAGACCAGCAGCUGGGGAAUGACUCACAAAGCAAAUCAACAGAAAAAGAUGCUCAAAGUGAGAAUUCGCCAACUUCAGAAGCACCAACAAGCAGCUGCGUGGAGUCGAGCGAUGAGGACCCCAAGGAAUCAAACGCUGGGACGGAAGUGAAGGUCGAGGCGGUGCUGGAAGCUGCUGGAAUCCUUCCCAGUGAUUCUCUCACUUCUCCUUGUGCUGCACAAAAAGACAGUGGUCCACUAGAGGAGUCCAAAGACACUUCUGUGAUUCUGACACAACAACCUGAGAUUUGUGUUAAAGACGAUCCGAAUGAACAAUCACGUCUAGAAGAACACAAAGAUGCAGAUGACCAAAGCCUCGAGCAGGACAUUAAAAUCUGUAGGACAAGUGGUGAAAUCUGGAGUGUGCUGGAGGAGGUUGUAUGUGGGGUGUUAGAGGACGAGGAGGACAGACAGGAGGAAGAUUUAGAGAAAGAUGGAGAAGGAGGAGAGCAGGCGGUCGACGCUAAGGGAGAGAAAUCAGAGCCUGAUCAGGUUGUGGCAGACACGAUGGAAGACAGAAUAGAAGAGAAGGAGCCACAGGAGACAAAUGAAGGAAAACUCACAGAUGGAGGGAUGAAGGAAGAGAUAAAUAUAUCAGAAAAAAACACUCAUGAGAAUUCUGCUGUCAGUCAAGAAGAGGAGGAUGGCAGAGAAGGAGUAAAAGACACAGAAAGAGAUGAAAGUAGAACACAGGCGCAUGUAGGAAAACAACCACCGGGGGAUUUAAAGGAAAACAAUAAAUGUGAGAAUAGCGACGACAGCCUGGGAGGUGUUGGGCGGAAGCUGGUCGUUUUCAGACAACCCAAAAUUUAUCAAGUCAAAGCGGUGCCGGUGGUGCCCCCAAAGCCUCAGCACUGUAGGAUCACGGCCCUGACCCUCCGUCAGCAGCAGCAAAGAGAGAGGGGCGACAACGCGCUGAGGGUCCCGGCCGAGCCGGAACAGGCCCGGGAUGGAGACGGGGACAACGAGAGGCCGGCCAGGAGGAGAGACGGGGUCGAAGGCGCGGCGUGGGACACGAAGAGAAACAGUCCCCUCAGCAUGUGCUUUGAUGAGGCGGUUGCCAUAGCAACCAUGAGACGAGAGAAAGAGCGUGUACGAGAUGGAGAGGCAGAAGGAAAGGGGGAAGUGAAGUGAACAAAUUUAUUGUUUCUCUCUGCAAAGUGUAGCGACAUCAUGGUACAACUGUACAGAAACGUCUAUUAGCUACAUGUAGCAUGAAGUUUUAUUUGAACAAAUUUAAAAACAUACUGAAAUAUGAAACAGCUUCAGCUGUGGUGUCUGACUGAUGCAGCUGCACAUGAUGUUCAGGUGGCUUCAUGCACAAACAUGAUCAAAAGUCAUAUGUAUAUUUUUUCUUCUUUGGAUUCCCCCCCCCCCCCCUUCAUUUAUCAAACGUAUAGAUAAAAAAAACUGUUGAAAUUCAAAAGAACAGAAAUAUAACCUUAAAAGCCAUCAAGGUUCGAAUGCACUUCAAUAGUUUUGUGCUACCUACAGACUUUAAAAACAAUUAGAAAUAUUUGAAUUGCUGCUCUGAUGUGCUGAAGUUUAUGGAUCAAAUGCAUUCUUUAAGACAUACAUAUUUUUUUAUGUUUUUUCUUGCUAAAUAAACUUUGUAAACGUAUUUCACAUCUCACUGCUUGAACCUGAAAACUAAAUUUCUUUGCUCAUCUGAUCACAGAGUACAUAUUUCUUUCAAUGUACAUGUAUAUAAUAGGAAAAAAUUAUAAACAAAUACAGUUUGAAAUUAAUAAAUAAUUUGCAUUUUGGA